AUGUUGUUCAGAAUGCUGCAGGCCCUUUUGGGGCUAUGGGCGAUAUUCCCCAUAGCCUCCGCAUACACGAACCCAAUCCGCAAUCCCGGGGGCAGCGACCCCUUCAUGGUCUAUACCGGAGGCUACUACUACCUUCUCACGACGACAUGGAACGACGUGCAAGUCAGUCGGGCAACUACCGUUGACGGCCUCAAGACCCCCGAGACGAAGGUCGCUUACACGACCACCGAGGAGACUCACUGCUGCAAUGUGUGGGCACCCGAAGUUCACUACCUGGGCGGCAAGUGGUACAUUUACUACACGGCCGGCAACAGUGCCGAUCUGGAUGGCCAGCGCAUGCAUGUAUUGGAAGGUGGUGCAACUCCCUGGGAUGAUUACACUUAUGCGGGCCAGCUGACCACGGAAUGGGGAAUUGACGGGUCUAUCAUCCGGUUCAACGACUUUGGCAACUAUAUGGCGUUCUCAUGCUUCCACGGCGUUACAUACCAAUCCCUCUGUAUCCAGCAGCUGGGAUCGGACUAUACCUCGUUGACGGGCGACAUCUAUGUUAUCUCCGAGCCCGUUGAAGACUUUGAAACGCACGGCACACCGGUCAAUGAGGGUCCCGCGGCCCUCUAUCUCGAUGGCAAGACGCACAUCGCGUACUCGGCUUCUUACUGCUGGACGGCGUACUAUUGCGUGGGACUUCUUACAUGGGACGGCGUCACCAACCCGACCGACAAGAACGCCUGGAGCAAGCACGAUGGCUGUCUUUUGUCAUCGGCUAAUGGAAACUAUGGAACGGGCCAUAACUCCUUCUUCCAAAGCCCAGACGCUUCGCAGACGUGGAUCGCCUAUCAUGCUACUACCAAUGAAAGUGGCGCAUGUGAUGAUAGCCGUUAUACCAUGGUGCAAGAGAUCAGCUCGGGCAGCAAUGGCAUCCCGAAUCUUGGAGAAGCAUUGGCGUGGACUGUGGAAAUCGGCGAGCCGAGCUCCUAAGAGACCGCAAGAUAU